CUUUUUUCUUCUUCUUCCUUAAUCGAGUAUUUAAGAAGAACAAUUUCUUAAUUAUUGUGUUACAACCGAAUUGUAUCAAAUAAUGGCCUCGAAAUGGAAGGUUUUAGAUGUAUAUACAUUCAAAUCGAAUUUCUGAACUGAAGCACAGGAGCAUUCUACGCAAUGUAACAGCAUGCUUACCUCAAAGAGGACCGUGAUGGUAUGCCAACCAACAAUAUAAAUAGCAAGCGGAUAUAAGUCAAGUUCUGGGUGAAGAUAUAUUAACGUGCAAACAAGUGUUAAACAUCAUGGUGAUCUUUGGUUUCAUGUUAAAUUAUAUGUUACGUGUAAACAUGACGAUUGCCAUAGUAUCAAUGGUGAUUCCAAGCAAGGACAGUUCACACUCGAGCAGCUAUAAUAGAACAAACGAGUGCUUCGAUCACGAAAUCAAAAUAAACGUUUCUCUGCACAAUAACGAAUCAGCGAUGAUCGCUUCUAAUUCUACUAUAUCUUCGUUCCCCUAUCCACCUAGGCACGAAGAAAUUAAUCAAACGAGAUAUCCGUGGAACGAAUAUGAAGUUAAUAUCAUAUUGGGCAGUUUUUUCUGGGGUUACAUAUGUACCGAGUUACCGGGUGGACGACUCGCUGAAAUAAUAGGACCUAAAAAAGUUUUUGGAUACAGUAUGUUAGUAUCCAGCGCUGUUACAUUUUUAACACCCUGGUUGGCAACUUAUGGUUAUAUCGCAGUUGCCAUGUUAAGAACAGUAAUUGGAUUUAUGUUGGGAGCUACUUGGCCUGCCAUCCAACCAAUGACCGCCCGAUGGAUACCACCAACGGAACGCAGCAAAUUUGUCUCAAAUAUGAUGGCUUCAUCGCUUGGAGCAGCAUUAACAAUGCCAAUUUGCGGAUUUUUAAUUGCUUACUUUGGAUGGGAAUCUGUAUUCUACGUAACAGGAACAAUAGGUCUCAUGUGGAGUAUAGCUUGGUUUCUCUUAAUAUUUGACUCUCCCGCCCAACAUCCGAGAAUUUCGAUUGAAGAACGUCGAUACAUCGAAGAAUCGAUCGGUACUACUACUACAACAAAGAGAUUAUCUGUCCCAUGGAAAUGCAUUUUUCUUUCGAUUCCUGUUUGGUCUAUCGUGUUGACUCAUAGCUGCAAUGUGUUCGGUUAUUUUACUGUUGUGAACCAAUUACCAACGUACAUGAAAUAUAUUUUAAACUUUAAUAUCAAAGAAAAUGGAAUGUUAUCUUCCUUACCAUAUCUCGGAAAAUAUAUCUUUGCCGUGACAACAUCAACUGUGGCUGAUUAUUUAUUUAAAAAUAAGAAACUGUCGGUAACAUCUAUUCGAAAGAUAUUUACUUCUUUUGCCGUAUUAACUCCAGGAUUAUUAAUGAUCAUACAAGCAAAUUACGGAUGCGAUCGUGUUACAUCUGUAUCAAUCUUUACGAUUGCUCUAACGAUUAACGGUGCAGUAACGGCAGGUUAUCUGGGAAACGGCUUAGACAUUGCACCCAACUUUGCAGGAACUAUCUUUGGUAUGAUGAAUACACUUGGUUCUUUAGGCGGAUUAUUAAGUAGCUACAUGGUCGGGACGAUAACCUAUAAAAAUCAAACUUAUGCUCGAUGGAGUAUUAUUUUUUGGAUAUUGGCAUCGAUUUAUUGCUUUGGUGCUUUCACAUUUCUCAUUUUUGGUAAUGGUCAAUUACAGACAUGGAACAAUCCUGAACAAAAGCAAAACCGAAAAAAAGCUAAUACAGAUAAUAAUUUCGAUGCGAUAGAAUUCGCAUCGCUAAAGGAAAAUACUGUUUCUUAACGAAACUAUCGAGAUUUUAUUCAACUGAUUAUUUAAUUUUAAAGGUCAGAUAAUUAGACAACUAUAAAUUAUAAGUGUCAAUAAUAAUUAUAUUUUACAGUUA